AUGCUUUCAUCUCUCUGGCUAAUAGGGCUGUUUCUUCGGGUAGUGGGCAGUCUCUUUUCGACCGGUUUGACCGUCACAGGCCCCCUACAUGAUGGUGUUGCUGAUCCUGUAGCUUUGGAAAACUGGUUAAGGGAGAUGGAGAAGCUAUUCACGGCAACAAACUGCUCUGCUGCCGAAAUGGUACCGAUUGGAACGUACUAUUUGAAGAAAGAGGCGGAGAAUUGGUGGAGUACGGUGAAGGAUGUGUGUAUGGCUACAGCUGGAUUUGGGUGGACUCAGUUCUCCGCCAAGCUGAAAGAGAGAUUUUACCCUGAUGAGUUGCGCUGGCAAAAGCAGGAAGAAUUUCUAUCUCUGAUUCAAGGGAGUAUGGACAUCCAGAAGUACACUGACCGCUUCACGGAGCUGUCUAAAUUUGCUGGUACUGUCAUUCCCACCGAAGCUGAGAGGGUUAAGAGAUAUAUCAAGAAGAUGAAUCCGAGGGUGAGGACCCUGGUGCUGUGUUCAGGGGUUACUACUUUCCAAGCUGCUUAUGAGAUGGCCCUUAGUGUUCAUGCUUCAGUGAGAGAGGAAGAAGCUGUUAAGGCUGCAUCUGUGAGGAAGCCUUUCCCGUCUGUUGCUCCUAGUCCGGCUAAGAAGCCGAGGUUCGAGCCGAGUUUCCGUGGUGGAUACCAAGGCUCCGGUUCUAGGCAGGGUUCUGAUCCGUCCAAGUGUCGGAGGUGUGAGAAGCCUUUACAUCUGGGAAAGGAUUGUGAGGGUGCUGCUAUUGUUUGCUUCUAUUGUAGAGAGGCGGAUCACAAGAGUUAUGAGUGUCCCAAGAAUCCGAGGGCUACAGCUAAGCCCCCUAUUCCUCCUAAUCUUUCUGCUCCGCCAAAGAAUCGGGUUUACAGUAUGACUCAUUCCGACGUUGAUGUUCAUCCCGACGUCAUCUCUGGUACCUUUCUUGUUAAUUAUGUUCCUGCUUCUGUAUUGUUUGAUUCUGGUGCUUCUGUGUCUUGUGUGUCUAAUUCGUUUGCCAAGAAAGCUAAUUUGACUUCGAGUUCUCCUAUUCGAACUCUUAUUUCUCUACCUUCUGGGGAGAACUACCCUUGUUUGGCCGAGUAUUGUGGAGUGCCUAUCUCUGUGUUGGGUAUUGAUCUGCCUGCCGAUCUCAAGGCAUUCUCCAUGGUCGAGUUUGAUGUUAUUUUGGGCAUGGAUUGGUUGUUCAAGUAUCGUGCUCAGAUUCAUUGCCGCGAUCAAAAAGUGACUCUUCGUAGUCCGUGUGGCAAGCGUAUCUCCUAUAGUGGAGUGGUGUUGAAGAAGGGAGUAAAGAUCGUUUCUGCUCUCAAAAUGCAAAGGCUCCGUCAGAAAGGGGAGCAAGUGUUCCUCUGUAUGGUGAAAGAUUUGACCCAAGAGGUUAAAUUAGAGGACAUUCCCGUUGUCCGUGAGUAUCCGGACGUUUUUCCUGAUGAGCUACCAGGUAUCCCCCCUGAAAGAGAAGUUGAGUUCAGCAUUGACUUGACUCCUGGUACUGCUCCUCUGUCAAAGGCCCCGUAUAGAAUGGCGCCUGCUGAAUUGCAAGAGUUGAAGACUCAGUUGCAAGAAUUGAUUGAUAAGGGAUUUAUUAGGCCAAGUCUUGCGGUGGGGUGCUCCUGUGCUCUAAAGGGUGCAGGUGUAUUUUCAAAGAUUGACCUGAGGUCAGGUUAUCACCAGAUUCCGGUGAAGAAGGAGGACAUUCCUAAGACCGCUUUCCGAACAAGAUAUGGGCACUAUAAGUUCGUGGUCAUGCCCUUCGAUUCGAUUAAUGCCCCUGCUGUGUUCAUGGAUCAGAUGAACCGCUCUUUCCAUGAGUUCCUGGAUUCGUGUGUAGUUGUUUUCAUCGACGAUAUCCUGGUGUACUCUAAGAAUGAAGAAGAGCAUGAGAGGCAUCUGAGGUUGAUCUUGGGAGGUGUCGUUCCUAGGCCAUGUUAUAGCAAGGAUGGAGUUAUGGUAGAUCCUUCUAAGGUUAGAGCUGUGGUGGAAUGGGAGAGUCCUAAGAAUGUUUCCGAGAUCCGGAGUUUCCUUGGUCUCGCUGGUUACUAUCGGAGGUUUAUUAAGGAUUCUCAAGGAUAG